AAACCUGGUUUGAGCUCACUUGAAGAAGAUGGUGUGAAAUUACGUGGUGAAAUCUUACCAUUUGACUGGAGUUUAAUGACAAGAGUUCGGUUUAUAUCUCCUCAACCAUUUACCUGUUGUGCUAAAGUUCUAGGAAAGCAAGAGAGCAAAGGGUUAUGUAACUUUGUCAAGUCCUAUAACCCAGACAUUGAUGAUGAUAGUACAGUAUGCUUUAGAAGAAAUAGCAUGUAUUGGAUUCAUCCCAAUCUACCCUGGGUAUCUCUAUUUCCUCGUUUGGCAUCAGAAAUCAAAUUGACUAGCAAAAUACCUAAUGUUGCCGAGAAUGAAGAUAUCCGUGAUGUCUUACACCAAAGUUGGUGCAAAAGUUUUCAUUCCUUGUUCAACCUGUUGCGUUGUGGAUAUUGUGAUUAUUUUUAUCUCUGCUCUGCGCAUUUUACCAUGUUGUUUAGAUCUGCAACAAUUGCUGGUAUACAAACAACAUAUGCUUAUAUAACUCCAACUACAAAGGGAAUGAGAGAGGGCUUGGAUAGAGAAGGUAUUAAGUAUGUUUUACCAGUUCUUACAUGCAAACCACUUAAUCAUGGUGACGAUGAUCUUGUAAGUAAUGAUAUUGAGAAUGAAAAGUGCUGGUUAGAAAGCAUGGGUGUUGCUGAAGACACUCUUCCUCAACUUCAAAAAAGUAAAAUCAGUGAGCAACUUAGUAAACUAAGAAAUAUUGAUCACCAGAGUUCAUCUGUUGCUGUAGUCCAUGGAAAUCACACACAAGCUUUAUUUAACUUCCUACUCAAUAGCAAAACCUUAAUAUCAAAGACAGGGUCUCAUGCUGGCCUACCUCCAACUUUACUUGCACCAGUGGCUUUUGAAGGAGCUACCUUACAGUCGUUAAAUUCCAGACUUGGCACUGUUAAGUUAGGAAAGAGCUUAGAAAAGCAUUACAGUUUAGAUAUCACUGGACCUAUCUUGCCUGGGAACUUUUCUAAACUAUGCUAUCUAUUCAAGAGAACACAACAACAAUUCUCAGCCACUAUUAAUUCUGUUCCAGCAACAGCACCUUUCAAUCUGAGUUUGGAAGAUGAAGAGAAACAAAUUAAAAUGAGGAGAACUUACAAAAUAAAAUCUCAAAGCUCAAAAUGAACAAUUUGAUAUUCAUUACAUUUAAUGAACAAAUGUUCACUUGGAAAACCAGUUAAGACUGAAUUUGGUAAAAAAUAAGUAUUGAAAUAUGAACAAUAUAGCAAUUCUGAAAAUAUGCAGUCCUUUCAACUACAGAUUCUGUUUGAUCAUUUUAUUGUGACAUAGAAGGAUGUCCAAAGUAGCAUAAAAUAUUUUCCAAAACUCUAAAAAAUUUAAUUGACCUGCUAAAUGUUUACUUCUCAAAAACUGUUGAAUGUUGAUCAGGUCUUGAUGGAUGAAGUGGUUUAACAUUUGCCAUGACUUGUCUUGCAUAAUCGGAGUUGUGGAGGCCAGCCUGACGCAACGCAAGCUCUACUUUAUGGCGAGGAUCGGAAAUAAUCUGAAAUAAGACAAACAUUUAAUUUCUUAUACGCAACAACACGUAAAUUAAACAAAAUUGUAUAACUUAUGAUGUCAGUGGGCAAAGUCUCACCUGGUUUGUAUUGAAUGUAUUUAAUGUAAAUAAAGGUUUCUGUAAAUCAACUUCUUGUUGUAAGUCGUUAACUUUCUUUGUGUGACAUCGCGACGCCUAAACAAAAUACAGGAAUAUGUCAAGUUAAAUAAACGUUGUCAAUAAGACGAAAA